ACAAGUAGGAAGAAGGCAGUGCACGACACCGGCAAAGAGAAGCGGGAGCCGCCGCCGGGCCGCGGCGGUGGGGUUCGUUGCCGCCGCCUCGGCGCAGGAGCAGGGCGGGAGCCGAAGCGGGCGAGGGGUGAGGCCGCCGGGCCGAGAGCCGCCCAGCCUGCGCUCACGUCUUUUGCCUCUGUGUCCGCGCGGUGCACCGGACCCCGGGUCUGUCACCUGGGCGCCAGGGACCCCCAGCGCCGGGGAGCCGGAGCGGACGGAACCCUCCCUCCGCCGGCUGCGGCCCGUGGGCGCCCCUCCGGGGUGGAGCAGCCGCCGCUUUCUGCGGGUGGCUGAGUGUCCGGCUCGCGCCCAGAGCGAGCAGCCGCCGUCAGUCCAGAGGAGGAGGAGGAGGAGGAGAAGGAGGCGGCGGCGGCCAUGGGGCUGCUGUCCCAGGGGUCGCCGCUGAGCUGGGAGGAGACCAAGCGCCACGCCGACCACGUGCGGCGGCACGGGAUCCUCCAGUUCCUGCACAUCUACCACGCCGUCAAGGACCGGCACAAGGACGUUCUCAAGUGGGGCGAUGAGGUGGAAUACAUGUUGGUAUCUUUUGAUCAUGAAAAUAAAAAAGUCCAAUUGGUCCUGUCUGGAGAGGAAGUUCUUGAAACUCUACAAGAGAAGGGGGAAAGGACAAACCCAAACCAUCCUACCCUCUGGAGACCAGAGUAUGGGAGUUACAUGAUUGAAGGGACACCUGGACAGCCCUACGGGGGAACAAUGUCGGAAUUCAACACAGUCGAAGCCAACAUGAGAAAACGCCGGAAGGAGGCCACUUCUCUAUUAGAAGAAAAUCAGGCUCUUUGCACAAUAACUUCAUUUCCAAGAUUAGGCUGUCCUGGGUUCACAAUACCCGAGUACACACCCAACCCGGUUGAAGGAGGAGCUUCCAAGUCCCUCUUCUUCCCAGAUGAAGCAAUAAACAAGCACCCUCGCUUCAGUACCUUAACAAGAAAUAUCCGACACAGGAGAGGAGAAAAGGUUGUCAUCAAUGUGCCAAUAUUUAAGGACAAGAACACACCAUCUCCAUUUAUAGAAACAUUUCCUGAGGAUGAUGAGGCAGCAAAAGCUUCUAAGCCGGAUCAUAUUUACAUGGAUGCCAUGGGAUUUGGGAUGGGCAAUUGCUGUCUUCAGGUGACAUUCCAAGCCUGCAGCAUAUCUGAGGCCAGAUACCUUUAUGAUCAGUUGGCCACUAUCUGUCCAAUUGUCAUGGCUUUGAGUGCUGCGUCUCCUUUUUACCGAGGCUACGUGUCAGACAUUGAUUGUCGCUGGGGAGUGAUUUCUGCAUCUGUAGAUGACAGAACUCGGGAGGAGAGAGGACUGGAGCCACUGAAGAACAAUAACUUUAGGAUUAGUAAAUCCCGAUACGACUCAAUAGACAGCUACUUAUCUAAGUGUGGAGAGAAAUAUAAUGACAUCGACUUGACCAUCGAUAAAGAAAUCUACGAACAGCUGUUGCAGGAAGGCAUUGACCAUCUCCUGGCCCAGCAUGUUGCUCACCUCUUUAUCAGAGACCCACUGACUCUGUUUGAAGAGAAGAUACACCUGGACGAUGCCAAUGAGUCUGACCAUUUUGAGAAUAUUCAGUCCACAAAUUGGCAGACAAUGAGAUUUAAGCCCCCUCCUCCAAACUCAGAUAUUGGAUGGAGAGUCGAAUUCCGACCCAUGGAGGUUCAGUUAACAGACUUUGAGAACUCUGCCUAUGUGGUGUUUGUGGUACUGCUCACCAGAGUGAUCCUUUCGUACAAACUGGAUUUUCUCAUUCCUCUGUCAAAGGUUGAUGAAAACAUGAAAGUAGCACAGAAACGAGAUGCUGUCUUGCGGGACAUGUUUUACUUCAGGAAAGACAUUUGCAAAGGUGGCAAUGCUGUGGUGGACGGGUGUGGCAAGGCCCAGCACAGCACGGAGCCCGCUGUGGAGGAGUACACCCUCAUGAGCAUAGACACCAUCAUCAACGGGAAGGAAGGUGUGUUUCCCGGGCUGAUCCCAAUUCUGAACUCUUACCUUGAAAACAUGGAAGUGGAUGUGGACACGAGAUGUAGUAUUCUCAACUACCUAAAGCUGAUUAAGAAGAGAGCAUCUGGAGAACUAAUGACUGUUGCCAGAUGGAUGAGGGAGUUUAUCGCAAACCAUCCUGACUACAAGCAAGACAGUGUAAUAACUGAUGAAAUGAAUUAUAGCCUUCUUUUGAAGUGUAACCAAAUUGCAAAUGAAUUAUGUGAAUGCCCAGAGUUACUCGGAUCAGCAUUUAGGAAAGUAAAAUACAGUGGAAGUAAAACUGAGUCUUCCAACUAGACACUCUGCAAAAAGAAAAAUGCAUUACUGUUUUGUUGACGACCGGCUGCAGUACCAUGCCUGUCAGCCCAAGUGUAUAGUAUGAAGACCAAAUAGAGCUGCACUGUUUCCUGGACCAAUGGGCCAGGAAUUGAUUUAGAGGCUUCCUUCAGUAGGUAAAUCUAGAGUUUAUACAGUACAUGUACAUAGUAAAGUAUUUUUAUGAUUAACAAUGUAUUUUAAUAACAUAUCUACAGUCAUUGUGAACUGGCUUGUACAUUUUUUAAUUCUUGACUCUGGAGCAACUACUGCCUAAGCAGUUUUGUAAAUGCACUGGUAAUUGUACAAUACCUGCAUUCCAGAGUUUAAAAUGUUUACUGUAAAUUUUCGUUCCUUUAAAGACUACCUGGGACCUGAUUCACUGAAAUUUAUCACUUCACUUUGAAAACACUUUCUCUUGUUAAUUUUCUUUGAGUCAUCUCCUCCCUUGGGUACAUAAAAUCACUUAAAUCCAUUGAAGUGCUUCAAGGGUAAUCUUAGGUUUCUGGCACCUUAUCUAUGAUAUUUCUGUGGCAGUUGGAAUAGCUAACCAUUCGGUCACCUUGCCCUAAGCUUUCAUACUUGAAUAAAACCCAUUGAAGUCUUAUGACUGUGUAUAAAAGGAACUUUCCUUCUUUGUUUAGACUUUCUGUUUCAGACAUUAAGCUUAACAGCUAAUUAACAAUUAAGACAACUCUGUAGGAAGAAGGGAGACUAUUGCCCAGAAUUCACAUGUAGUGAUUAUGGGGGUGACUUUUUUUUAACUAAAAAAUCAUUUUUCUUCCUAUACAUACCAAGAGUACUGUCAAAAUGGCAUUAGCUCUUACGUUGUUGCCUGUUAAUUCUGAUUGCUGCUAUAUACUUAAAUUUUCAAAUCUUAUGCAUUUGCUUUAGUUCUGUUACUCUAUCUCUAGUUUUCAGUAAGUAUAUUGAUAGACUUUCUUCUAAAAGCCAUUCACCCCAGAUUUUACCUGGGGAACAUUCUACAUACUGCUUACGUUCUCUAUAAAACUCAUAAAUCAUGAAAUGCACUAAGUUUUGUGAAUCAGGGCCCCAGAUGUUUAAUUGUAAAUAAUUUCAGUUUCAGAUAAUUGUUGUUACAGCUUUGUGUUGAAGUUUUGUUUUUUUCAAUUCGUUAAAAGUCUUAACUGCUUCUGAUCAACUAUGUACUGUAGAUUAUGCAUACCUUUACAGGCAUAAAUAUUUAAACUAUAAUGCUAACUCUAAGACUGCAAUAAAGUUGCUUCAGCUAAACCUGUUUAUGUUUAAAUACUAGAGUUUGUUCUGUAUUUCAUACAUGCAUUUUGGAGGAGUAAAGAAUGCCUGUUUUUUAUUUGCAAUUUGCUUAUUAUAAAUCAGGUUGUAAAAAGGCAGAUAAACUAAAAUGUUUGUGGUAUGAGGAAAUAAAAGAAUGGAAUUAGCAUUCA